AGGCUUGUUGUUGAGCGCCCGCCUACAUUCGGACAGCCUUUGUAGUGCGAGUCAAUAUUCCCGGAAGCGUGCUGUGCGUUUGAUUUGAGCUGCUCCCUCCUCGCCAUUCAGUGGCGCGUACUCCAGUGUCGCUGCAGCAUUACGUAGACUAUGGCAGAGCAGGAUCCCACCCCGGAGCAGCUGGCGGCCAUCGCAGCGGCCAACGAGGAAGCGGAGGGCGGGGUCAACUACAAGCCCCCCGCUCAGAAGAGUCUGCAGGAGAUCCAGGAGCUGGACAAGGACGACGAGAGCCUGCGCAAGUACAAGGAGGCCCUGCUGGGGAACGCCGCCGCGGCUACAGUAGACCCCAACGCUCCCAAUGUCCAGGUGACACGCUUGACCCUGAUGUGUGACACGGCGCCGCUGCCCCUGACCCUUGACCUACAGGGAGAUCUGGAGUCCUUUAAGAAACAGUCCUUUGUCCUGAAGGAAGGCGUGGAGUACAAGAUAAAGAUCAGCUUCAAGGUCAACAAGGAGAUUGUGUCGGGACUGAAGUAUGCCCAGCAGACCUACAGGAAAGGAGUCAAGGUUGACAAGUCAGACUACAUGGUGGGGAGCUACGGGCCACGGCCGGCAGAGUAUGAGUUCCUGACCCCUCUGGAGGAGGCCCCUAAAGGCAUGCUGGCCCGCGGCACCUACAACAUCAAGUCCAAGUUCACUGAUGACGAUAAGCACGACCACCUCUCCUGGGAGUGGAACCUUAACAUCAAGAAAGAGUGGAAAGACUGAGGCCCCGUCAACUUAAUUCUUCCCCCUCUUCUUAUUCCCCCUCCAUUAUUUUGCAUUCAUAAUUAUGUGAUAAGUAAUUAAGGCAAAUUGCUCUCUCGUCCACCCCAAUCCCUGCAGUAGUUUCAUUCCAGUCACGUUGUCAUGCCAUUCACCCCCCCCCCCACACACACACACACUCCUUGUGAUGCUGAGUAUUGAAUAUGUGGAGAAAGCAAAUCAUGUGCACAAUCAUGAAUUUGUUUUGGUUAGUUUGUAUAUAACCUUUUUUUUUUAUAUGAAAAAAAUGAAAGAUUGAUUUGUUAAUGCUCUUGAUAUGGAUGUCAAUCAACUGUGUGAAUUCCAUCCUUUCCCCUUCAUCCCCUCUUUACCCCCCUUCCUGCUGAUUGUUUUAUACAACCAUGAUCUGCCUUGUAAAGGUGUUGCUGUGGUAGGUCCACACUCUGUACUCUUUGUUGGGGACGUUGCUCUCUGUCAGUGGAAAGCCUUUGAGUAGAUUAUAUGUACCAGAGUCCACACAAUUAGUUUAUUCUGGAACUAGUGUGAAUUCCUAACCGUUAAGAGGUGCCAUGAACAGCACUUACCGGCAGUCACCAGAGGCACUGUGACCACCUGCUGAAGGUGCAAGUGUGCCUCUUCCUGGUCAGGGUUUUCACCUCCCUACCUAGUUCAUUCAGCAGCCAUGUGGCCUUAAAGAGGAUUCCUGUAGAACUAACGAUGAAGGAAAUGAUCACAAAGAGCCAUUUGCCUUUAGAACAGAACUGUCAGAUUGUUACGAGAGCCUCCUACGGGGUUUGAGUAAAAGAGUUUUAGGCUGAGUGCAGGUGCGAACAGAUGAUCAGACAGACCAUUGAGAUGCUUGUACCUUCUUUCCAGAAUUAGCCAGUAGAAGUAGACCAUGAAAGAGAACAGCAGACAUCUCUGCUCCCUUCCCUCCUCACCACAUCCAGUGGUCUCAAUGUGGACCACCUUUAGUGCUGUUUGCUGAUGUGAAUGUGUUUACGUUGAUAUAAAGAACCUGGUUUUGUUGACAACUAAGAAAUGAGCUCCUUGUCAAAUGCCCUCUAAGCAGACCUUGAGGCCUUCUUCCAGUCACUAACUCCAUUACUCUAGCGUCUCAUAUGGGGCCUUGCUGGUGGCCCUUGUGAGCAGAGAGGAAUGUCACACAAGGGUUGUUAAUCUGCUCACCUCGAGUAUGAAUCAACUUUAGGAUUACCAAAACUGGCUGUGCCUCUAGCCUUUACAACCACCAGCUGCUCUCUGCUAAGGUCAGACAUUCAGAAUGGGAACUCAACAAAUAGUUUUGAACUUUGGGCCUGAUGUUUUAGGUCAGGUCUAAGUUGUGCACAGACCCAGAGUUAAGUAGAACGAGAACAGCCAAGACCUCUUAAUACAAAACCGUGUUAUAUUUUUCUACACUCCAUUAAUCAAUGUCAUAACUUGUGAUGUAGGGCUCAGGCUGUUUGGUUUCAAUGGUUCAGUAUGCUUCACUGGAUCAUUAUUCAGUAUUGUUUUGAUUCUGUGUGCCACCUGGAGAACACUGUUCACCUGUCACAUUAAAGUCUUCAGACUGGA